AUGGGUAGUCCACAGUUGCCAAAGAAAAGAGUGGCCUUUGUUUUGAUUGAUGGGUUGGGUGAUGUGUCACUGCCAAGGUUGGGAUACAAGACGCCUCUUCAGGCCGCAAAACUUCCUAAUUUGGAUGGGAUAGCAUCUGCUGGGGUUAAUGGAUUAAUGGACCCUGUAGAAGUUGGCUUAGCUUGUGGAAGUGAUACUGCUCAUCUUUCUCUCUUGGGUUAUGAUCCUCGAGUUUAUUAUCGUGGUCGAGGGGCAUUUGAAUCCAUGGGGGCUGGAUUAGCCAUGUCGCCUGGUGAUAUUGCUUUUAAGUCAAAUUUUGCAACGCUUGAUGAGAAAACCGGAGUUGUCACUAGUAGGAGAGCUGACAGGCACUUUGAAGAAGAAGGCCCCAUACUAUGUGCUGCCCUUGAUGGAAUGAAGCUUCCAUCUUUCCCUCAAUAUGAAGUCAGAGUCAGGUAUGCUACAGAACAUAGAUGUGGAGUGGUUGUUAAAGGGCCAAAUUUGAGUGGCAAUAUAUCAGGGACAGACCCAUUAAAGGACAACCGCGUACUCUUGAAAGCAGAAGCCUUAGAUGAAUCUCAUGAAGCAAGGAACACUGCUGAUGUUGUUAAUGAGCUGUCUAAGGAAAUAACAAAAAUUUUGGUUUCUCAUCCUGUGAAUGUUCAACGCGCUGCAGAAGGGAAGAAUAUUGCAAAUGUUGUCCUUUUAAGAGGAUGUGGCAUUCGAAUUGAGGUUACACCAUUUGCAGAUAAACAUGGUUUGAGGCCAUGCAUGGUAGCUCCAACAAAAAUAAUUGCUGGUCUAGGCUUAUCGCUCGGUAUUGAUAUCCUAGAAGCACCUGGAGCAACCGGAGACUAUCGAACUCUACUAACUUCGAAAGCAACAGCAAUAGCUAAAGCGCUCUCAGCUCCUUCACAGUCUUGCCCCCGAGUUUUUGUACCUGGAGAGGAUGAGCAUAAAGCAGGCCCCUCAGAUGGCUAUGACUUUGGAUUCCUUCAUAUUAAGGCAAUAGAUGAUGCUGGCCAUGACAAAGCAAGCAUUCUCAAAGUCAAAGCAUUAGAAGCUGUUGAUACUGCAAUCGGGCAGUUGGCAAGAUUACUCUGGGAAGCAGAAUCAAUUGGAAAAUUUCAGUUUUUCCUUUGUGUCACAGGAGACCAUUCUACACCAGUAGAAUACGGAGACCAUAGCUUUGAACCAGUUCCGUUUUCUAUUUGUCGGUUGAAGGACUUUGUAGGUGCAAUUGGCGAAUCCAUUAUUCGCGAAACUUCUCUCGAUCCAUUUCCUCUUCCAAGUGUUAAGUCUGGUGAAGACUUGACUUAUGAUUUGGAACCAGAAGAGAGAGGAGGCAAAUGGUCUCAAUCUUAUAGUGGCGAUUCAGUAUAUGAAUUAAAUGAAAUUGCAGCUGCAAGGGGAUGUUUGGGGCGGUUUCCUGGAGGAGAAAUGAUGGGAAUUAUAAAGAAUUUUCUUAACUUAGAUGCAGAAACUAUUUAA